AUGUCAUCUGUAACUCGACUCCAUCUGUUAAACAUGUUGAAUGUCAGUUGCCAGAAGCAGACGCACUGCAGUUCACUUCCAGCUGACUCUCCUGCAGAGAGCCCCAUGGAGUCCGUGGGACAACCAGGACUUUCUGGGUCCUGCAACCUCUUAGGAGUGCCAGGCCUCGACCCCCUGGAAGCGGACGACGAUGAGUGCGAGGUGGUGAUCGGCAUCCGGCCCAAAUCUUCUCCUCUCCCUCGGAGAAGGAGCUCUGACAGUGACGAGGAUUGGGGGCCUGAGCCACCCCUGUCUGGCUCCAGGAGAGUGUCCUUCGCAGACGCCAAGGGCCUCAGUUUGGUGCGCGUGAAGCAGUUCGAAACUUGGGAUGUACCCAAGCUGCCAGAUUGUGACACUUGUGAGGGCGCCGGUAGAGAUGCAGAGGUAUACUUCCUAUCUCCUCUCACUUUCUCCCUCCCGUUGUCGACUGAGGAGCUGUUCGUCAGAGUCCGAGAGCAGAGAAUGGAACUGGAGACCAUCGAGUUACUUCCGGGCACCACGAUACUGAGAGGAGUGAUCCGUGUCCUCAACAUCUCCUUCAAUAAAGCGGUAUACGUCCGGACCACUUUGGACACCUGGUCGAGCCACUUUGACCUCCUGGCAGAGUACAUGCCCGGUUCCAGUGACAGUCUGACGGACCGUUUCUCGUUUAAGCUCACCCUAGUGCCCCCUUUCGGAGAGCAGGGAGCCAGAGUGGACUUCUGCCUGCGAUAUGAGACUCCGGUGGGCACAUUCUGGGCCAACAAUAACGACAGGAACUACGUGCUGUUCUGUCAGCGGAGAGAGAAAGAGAGGACAGAAGCGUCCCAGAAGGAAAGAGUGAACAAAAAAAGCUGCCUUAGGACUGUCAGUCGGAGCGUCUCCAUUGUAGAAAGCAUUUCUUCUACGGAAGCUUCAUCUCAGGAAAAUUUGUCUCCAAAUGUUUCAGAGCGUGGAGAGAUGGCGGACGCUGUGAAAGCCGAGCAGAUCUCUGACGGACAGUCAGGAACUUCAGAGGAGGAUCGACAGGAAUUACUGACCGAGAACCGGCGGAACUGCAGCCGAAGACGUGGCAGAAAGGGCGCCCGGAUGGCUCGCGUGAGGGACUACUUUUCUCAGAGAAACGGAGGACCGGAUGACUCUGAAAGAGAUGAAUCCCCUCCAGAGGUAAACCAGGCAGCUCAAGAAGAAACCCCGGAGCCAAAGCACUCAUGUGUGCCAUCCUUUCCCGAAGAGACCAGUAAAUCAGAAGGUUCUCAUUUUGUUUCUGAAACUCUGGGAACACGCAGCGAACUUUUCGUGGAACAUGUUCCACGUGAUACAUCGCCAGCACGCGGCCACGCGUCUGACGGCGAGACGGAUGAAUCCGAGAGCGUCGAUCUGGCCGACUGGGCCACAUUAACAGGAGGUGGGAGGGACACAGUUAUCCCAUACAACCCGUCAAAUGACGAGCCCGCUUCUGCAGAAAAUAUCAACAAGCCUGUCUCGGAAGCCGAGGAAAGCGCAGCGCAACCGGCUGACAGUGAUAUUUCAGAAGGGAGCAGCGGAGGCCCUGAUAGCCAGACCAACAGCUUCUCAUUUGGAACGGUGUUGGCGCCGUUGUAUCAUCAGGCGUUCGGCAGGGUAGGAAAUGAAAGUGAUUGGAGGAAUCCAGUCCAGGCUACGCUGCAUGCUGGAGACUUAAGUUACCGUGACGCUGAAAGAAGGCAGACUCGCUGCUGUGUCACAUCAGAUGACGAGGUUUCUCAGGGACAUGCGAGUCGGGAGUCAAGCCAAGAAUACUUAGUUACAAAUAGUCUUCCUAUGGAAAAAGAAGAAACGAGUUUCAGCGUGACGGCGAACGGCAUCCGUGCAGAAACUCUGCGGGAUCCAGAUGAGGUUAUACGUUCAGACCGCAGACGGACAAAUUCACCUGAGGUUCCUGAAACUAUUCCCGGAGCCGCCGUCGCACAUCCACAUGCUGCGAACAUUUCAAACACAGAUUUGUUGAAACUCCAAAAACCCGCUGAGAGUUCACAUCUCCAGGGAGAAGCACGGGAAGACGAUCUGACCCUUGACCCCAAACUGCCAGAGCAUACGUGUACGCGAACCAAAGCUCGUCGAGAUGAAACACGGGAAGUCGUGUCCUCAUUUAUGUCACUUCGACCUCCCGGGAGUGUCUCGGAGCGCGUUAGUGACGAGACGGGCCGACACGCCAGCGGCAAGGGAGCAGGCGACUGUGAGGAUGAUGUUUGCGAAACAGUAACGACAUCAACGACCGCCGCCGUUUCAGAGGGGGGUAACGCAUUCGAAGCCUUACACCAUUUGAAUCCGAAACGCAUGAAUGAUUCAGCAACGGGAGAAACUGAGGUUGGCUGCGUUUCUUCCUUUGAUAUUGUGGAGGAAACGGAUGUCACGAUGCCUCAGAUGCCUCUUGAAACUAAUAACGUGGAAGAAGGAAAUAAAGUGGCGAACAACUCGGCUGAAACAGAGAUCAUCGGUGAAACGUUCGUGGAGCUCGUGGACGAGGACGAGGAAAACGUAGAGCGUCGUGAAAUUGAAGCCGCCGACGCGAAACGGGGGGAUUCCCGUGUCGCAGACACUCCUGAGGUAAAUUGGGAAAUGAUGGUUGAAGAAGAGGAGAAAAGCAUAUCAACAGAUGAAGAGGAGAGUAAGGCGACGCGUUCACAGACAGUAGGAAGAGACCGUGGACGGUUGGAGGACGCAGGGACACUAGAGAGCAAAGAUACAACAGAGGACCAAGUGGUUUGGGAGAUUAAAGCUGCGAGAGAGAGAAUGAACGAGGCUGAGGACGUAGAUGUUUCAGAGGGCGUGCAGAAGAUCGGAGAGGAAAUUGGUGAGAUUGUGGCAGGAAAAGACGGGGUGGAAGUCGCAAAAGAAUCACAAUAUGUUCGAGCCGCGAAUGAAGCUGGAGACGAAGAUCUAGCUGAGGACGUUGAGGAAGAGAAAAGAGAGAAAGAAAAGGAGACUGAGCUGGAGGAAGAACAUCACUUUGCAGAGGAGGUCGAUAUUGAAGACACAAAUGUCCAAAAUGGAGAGGAUGUGGAGGAGGGGGAGGACACGGAAAUAGACCCGAGCGAUGACGAUGGAGCAGGUGUGGAGUGGGAGGAUCAGGUGAAGCCAAGGGGGGUAGACCUAGAAGAGGAGAAUCCAGAUUACAAGGAGGAAUGUUUUGGAGAGUCAGAGAUCACGACGAGAGAGGACGGGCAAAAUGAAGCGGGGUGCUUUGAAGUGAGUUCAGACAUUAGUCAAAACAAGGUCGGGGACGCUUCGUCUGCUCCGGUGAACAAUGUCCAGGGCAAGAGAGUAAUGCACAGAGAAAAUGGACGCAUCCCAACUGAAAUGCGUCUUUACGAAGAGGAGGAUUUCCAACAAAGCGAGGAGAUUGUUCCACGUGACCUCACAAAAGCUGCAGGAGAUGAGAGCGAAUCCCCUGCGGGAGGUUCGCUCGUUUUCACAUACAAACCUGAAAACGACGAGACGAGCGACGACGACAGCGCUUCGGCGGAGUCCGACUCGGACGACGAGGUGGAGCUGUACAUGCACUGCCUCAGGGCCGUGCACACGGGGGCGCAGGCCCAGGCGGACAGGAACAAGGACGCGGGUUUCGAUGCGGGCAAAUUAAGGCAAACCAGAGGCAAACUGCUGCCCAUGCCAUCCAUCAGUGAGUCUCAGGAUGAAGAAGACUUCCCCGGCCGCCUUCUGGACACUCAUGAGGACGUGGAGACGGCAGACGUCCAACCCGCAGCUCCGCCAGCGUCAAAUGGACAGGAGAGCAUCGAGAGAAAUGUUUCACGGUGGAGGGAGACUUUUUCCUGCGGCAAUAUCUCAAAAACAUUGUUAUACGCCACCUUGUUAGUGGUAUUUUUAGUUGUGGCCCACCGUUAUGAUUUUCUUGCCUGUUUUGGGCUCUACUUGAUAUCAGUGGUUUGGCUCUACUGUCAAGGAGAGAGGCAGCCAAAGCAACAAAGAAAACAACAGAAUAAGUUGAAUUAA